UCAACGUCACAUAAAACUAAACAGCAGCAAUGUCAACCAACCAAGUUUCUUGAGUUUUGAGCGAUUCUUGAGCGUAUAAAUAAAUCAUGAUCUUGUAAUAUUUUGUGCUUAUUGUGUGUGUUAAAAUUAGGUACGCAAAAUGUCUAAUCCAGACGAUAGAACGGCUAAAACAAAUGGCACAAGUGAUCCAAUGCAGAGGCUAGCUUCUUUGAAACCUCCAAGAGAUUUGACCCUAGGCAGCAACAAAACUAAUAAAAAAAUAUUUGUGCCUAAUUUAAAUGUGGCUAGGAAUAAAAGCAAAGGCCCCCAACCCUCAACAAAAGACCAAAAGAAAGAUGACAAGGGUCGGAAGGACCGGAAAAGUGACAGGAACAGAAAUAACAGAAAUGGCCCCAUGGUCAUAAAGUCCACAGGGGUAUUUUCUGAAGGUAUCGGCAAUGUGGAGAAGCAGCAUUUUUCACGGUCCUCAUAUGGGGGAGGAGGAGGUGGGAAGGACUCCGAGCCAACCACACUUAAGAAACCAACCAUUAGGAUUAAAGAUUUUAUAAAGAUAGACAAAGAGCUAGAAGAGCAGAAAGUGAAGUCUGUGCUGGCGGGCGACGGCGCUUACGACGAUGACGUCGAGAACUUCAAACUGGGCACCGAGCGUGACGCACCCGUCGCUCUGCCAAUGGACGACGCCGGCCAUCAUCAAAGCAAGGGCAAGCAGGUGAAGGUAAAACAGGAGGUCGUGGUCAAACUGGAGGAGGAGGAUCUGGACUGCGCUACAGUGGACCAGCCGAAGGUACCGGCAUCAGUUGAAGUGAAAACGGACGCGUUCGACGACACAGAUGUAGUCAAUCUACUGCGCAGUGACAAGCCCACAUUAAUAUUGUUACAGCUACCGGACAGUUUGCCGGGCCGCGGCGGCAGCGACGACGGCCCGCGGCGACAUGACCAGCCUUCCACCUCUAAUGAUGACGAGCAACAGGACAAUCCUCUGCCGCGCUGCCGGCUGUCGGAGCUGGCGGAGGGCCGCGUGGGCGCGCUGCGCGUGCGCCGCUCCGGCCGCGUGGCGCUGGCGCUGGGCGACACUCUCUUUGAGGUGUGCUCCGGUACAAAAGCGGCGUUCUACCAGGAAGCGGUGUCAGUGUCCGUGAGCGAGGAGUCGCGCUCCGCGCGUGCGCUGGCGCUGGGCGCGCUGCGGCACAAGCUCAACGUCGUGCCGCAUUGGGAGACCAUGUUCCGGGACUUGUCUGCGUAGUUGUGUUCAUAAAGUCUAAUAUAUUAUA